AUGAGCCUAGAAGUAAGGGCGAAGUCUCCUUGCUGUGAUGAUAAGGGCGAAUGCAGCCUUCUCUAUGAGGGGGUAGUUGAGCUCGCCCGCUUUGAGGAUUCGGCUCACAUAGUAAACGAGCUUCUGGAUGUUCUCCUCUUCUCGAAUGAGGACGGAGCUGACAGCUUCGGAGGAGACAACCAUGUACAAGUUCUUGCUUCCCCUUUAAGUUUUGAAGAAUGGGAAGCUCCUCUCAGUAGAUUUGGAGAGCAAUCAUCCCAGAGCUGCUAUCUUCCCCAUUCAACUUCUGGAUAUCCUUUAAGGUGCGUAGCUCAGAUUUUUGACUCCGAAGCCAUUUCCCAAAACACACCUCUGGCCGCCAUUCCAAAUGCCCCUCACUUACCAGAUCUAAACCCUCUCUUCCCACAAUACCCUCGUCCCGCCGCCACGCCGCCGCUGGAAUUGGCUUCUUCGGAGCGAAUCUCGCCUGAACCAGAUCCUAAUCCCCGCUUCGAGAAGAUCAUCAAGAACGCCUCAUGGCGAAAGGACACUCGAAGCUCUCACCAGUGCAAAUCCCUAAUCGACCGCCUCUCUUCCCAAAAGCCCCACACCCUUCCCAAAAACGCCCCGGACUCCCCGGAACCUCCUCCCUCCGCCCUCCCCGGCCCUCUCCAGACUCCGCGGACCUCCGAUCUCUCCCUCGCCGACUCCGAAUCGAUCUUGACCCCUCUCAUCUCAGCUUGCGCUUCGAAUUCGAUUAAGAUCGCCGAUCCAGCCCUUGAUUGCAUUCAGAAGCUAGUUUCUCACAAUUUGCUCCGCGGCGAGGCCGAUCCGGCUGCGGGCCCCUCCGCACGACUGCUAUCGCAGCUCAUUGGAGCCGUGUGCGCUUGCCACACGCUCGGCGACGACACUGUCGAGCUCCUCGUGAUCAAAACCCUUCUUUCUUCUGUCACUUCGACUUCUUUGAGGAUACAUGGUGAUUGCUUGCUUCAGAUCGUUAGGACUUGUUACGAUCUCUACUUGUUGAGCAAGAAUCCUAUCAAUCAGACUACGGCGAAGGCUUCUUUGAUUCAGAUGCUGGUGAUUGUGUUUCGAAGAAUGGAGGCGGACUCAAAGUUACCGCUGCCAGAUGCAAUGCCGAAUUGCUGCUGGCUGAGGCUGAUGGAGCCUAUGGGAGAUCGGCCUGGGCCAGUUGCUGAUGUUAACAUGGCUCAAUUUGUGCAGGGUUUCAUUACUAAGAUUAUUGGGGAUAUUGAUGUGGUUUUGAAUCCAGUGACUCCUUCGACGGUUCAAAGGACUCAUGAUGGUGCAUUUGAAACCACGGCGGUGGAGCAUACAAACCCUGCGGAUUUGCUGGACUCGACAGAUAAGGAUAUGUUGGAUGCUAAGUAUUGGGAGAUUAGUAUGUAUAAGACUGCUUUAGAGGGGAGGAAGGAUGAAUUGGGAGGAGAAGUUGGUGUUGUUGAUAGGGAUGAUGAUUUGGAGGUUCAGAUUGGGAAUAAAUUGAGACGAGAUGCAUUUUUGGUGUUCCGGGCUCUUUGUAAGCUCUCGAUGAAGACACCGCCUAAGGAUGCAUUGGCAGAUCCGACGCUGAUGAGGGGGAAGAUUGUAGCUUUGGAGCUGCUGAAGAUCCUAUUGGAGAAUGCCGGAGCUGUGUUUAGGACGAGCGAUAGGUUUUUAGGUGCAAUUAAACAAUAUUUAUGCUUAUCACUACUGAAGAACAGUGCGUCAACUCUUAUGAUAGUUUUUCAGUUAUCUUGUUCCAUUUUCAUGAGCCUUGUUUCAAGAUUCAGACCAGGAUUAAAGGCAGAAAUUGGAGUUUUCUUUCCAAUGAUUGUCCUCAGAGUUUUGGAAAAUGUUGCCCAACCUAUUUUUCAGCAAAAGAUGAUAGUACUUCGGUUCUUGGAAAAGCUCUGUAUGGAUUCACAGAUUUUAGUUGACAUUUUUGUUAACUAUGAUUGUGAUGUCCACUCACCAAACAUUUUUGAGAGGAUGGUCAAUGGCCUGCUUAAAACUGCUCAAGGUCCCCCGCCUGGUGUUCCUACGACCUUAGUACCCCCUCAGGAUGUCACCAUGAAAAAUGAAGCUAUGAAGUGCUUGGUGGCAAUUUUGAAGUCAAUGGGGGAUUGGAUGAACAAACAGUUGAGAAUACCAGAUCCUCUUUCUCCUAAAAGUUACGAAACUCUUGAGAAUAAUGAUGAAGGUGGAAGUGAUGUUUUUGUGCCAAAUGGCUAUGUGGAGGAGGUUGCUGAAGGCAUGGAGUCUCAUUCUGAAUUUGCAAAUGGAGUCUCAGAAGCUGCAUCAUUGGAACAGAGGCGUGCUUACAAGCUUGAACUUCAGGAAGGUAUAAAUCUUUUCAACCAAAAGCCUAAGAAAGGAAUUCAGUUUCUUAUUAAUGCAAAGAAGGUUGGUGAUUCAGCAGAGGAAAUAGCUGCGUUCCUUAGAAAUGCUUCUGGGUUGAACAAAAUGAUGGUUGGGGAUUAUCUAGGAGAGAGGGAAGAUUUAUCUCUAAAGGUCAUGCGUGCAUAUGUUGAUUCUUUUGAUUUUCAAGAUAUGGAGUUUGAUGAAGCAAUCAGGACCUUUCUGCAAGGCUUUAGGUUGCCAGGAGAAGCACAAAAGAUUGAUCGGAUCAUGGAAAAAUUUGCUGAGCGUUAUUGCAAAUGCAAUCCAAAGGCUUUUAGUAGUGCUGAUACUGCUUAUGUCCUUGCAUACUCAGUAAUACUGCUCAACACCGAUGCACAUAAUCCUAUGGUCAAAAACAAGAUGUCUCCAGAUGACUUCAUAAGGAACAAUCGUGGUAUUGAUGAUGGAAAAGAUUUACCUGAAGAGUAUAUGAGAUCUUUAUAUGAAAGAAUUUCAAGGAAGGAAAUAAAGAUGAAAGAAGAUGAUUUGGCUCCUCAACAAACACAAUCUAUGAAUUCUAACAGGAUCUCAGGCUUGGAUAGCAUUUUAAAUAUUGUGAUCCGCAAGAGAGGAGACCAACUUAUGGAGACUAGUGAUGAUCUUGUAAGGCAUAUGCAAGAGCAAUUCAAAGAAAAAGCUCGCAAGUCCGAAUCAGUAUAUUAUGCAGCAACGGACGUCCUAAUCUUGAGGUUCAUGAUUGAGAUAUGCUGGGCACCUAUGCUGGCUGCCUUCAGUGUUCCGCUUGACCAAAGUGAUGAUGAAAUAGUGAUAAGCUAUUGCCUCGAAGGAUUUCGUGCUGCGAUCCAUGUUACAGCAGUCAUGUCUAUGAAGACUCAUAGAGAUGCCUUUGUUACUUCAUUGGCGAAGUUCACAUACCUCCACUCAGCUGCUGAUAUCAGACAGAAGAAUAUUGAUGCAAUUAAGGCAAUUAUGUUAAUUGCAGAUGAAGAUGGUAACUAUCUGCAAGAAGCCUGGGAGCAUGUCUUGACAUGCGUUUCACGGUUUGAGCAUUUGCAUCUCUUGGGCGAGGGUGCUCCUCCAGAUGCUGCAUUUUUUGCAGUACAACAAAAUGAGCUUGACAACUCCAAACAAGCUAAGACAUCAAUCCUUCCUGUUUUGAAAAAGAAAGGACCUGGCCGCAUGCAAAAUGCAGGUACAACUGCAAGGAGGGGCACAUAUGAUAGUGCUGGUGUUGGUGGUCAUGCUUCUGGAUCAGUUACAUCUGAACAGAUGAACAACUUGAUUUCCAAUCUGAAUAUGUUAGAACAAGUUGGAAUAUCUGAGAUGAACCACAUAUUUAUAAGGAGUCAAAAAUUGAAUAGCGAGGCAGUAAUUGAUUUUGUGAAAGCUCUUUGUAAAGUUUCAAUGGAAGAGCUGCGAUCUACAUCUGAUCCACGAGUUUUUAGCCUGACAAAGAUAGUUGAGAUUGCGCACUAUAACAUGAAUCGUAUAAGGUUAGUUUGGUCAAGCAUCUGGCAUGUCCUGUCUGAAUUUUUUGUAACUAUUGGCUGCUCAGAGAACCUCUCAAUUGCGAUAUUUGCAAUGGAUUCUUUGCGCCAGCUGGCAAUGAAGUUCCUAGAGAGAGAGGAAUUGGCCAACUACAAUUUUCAGAAUGAAUUUAUGAAGCCUUUUGUCGUCGUUAUGCGCAAAAGCAGAGCUGUCGAGAUCAGAGAGUUAAUUAUUAGAUGUGUCUCUCAGAUGGUACUGACUCGUGUUAAUAAUGUCAAGUCUGGGUGGAAAAGCAUGUUCAUGGUCUUUACAACUGCAUCAUAUGACGAGCACAAAAAUAUUGUUCUUCUGGCCUUUGAGAUUAUUGAGAAGAUUGUGAGGGAUUACUUCCCUUACAUAACUGAAACUGAAACCACAACCUUUACGGAUUGUGUGAAUUGUCUUAUUGCUUUCACAAAUACUCGGUUUAACAAGGAUAUAAGUCUCAAUGCUAUUGGUUUUCUUCGUUUCUGUGCGGCAAAGCUUGCUGAAGGAGAUCUUGGUUUUUCCGCAAGGAAUAAGGACAAGGAAAAAGAUGGGAAACUAGAUAGCUCCCAGUUGCUUGAUAAAGAAGAUCACCUGCAUUUCUGGUUUCCUUUAUUAGCAGGAUUAUCUGAACUUACCUUCGACCUUAGGCCUGAAAUUAGGAAAAGUGCUCUGCAAGUGCUAUUUGAUACGUUACGCAACCAUGGUCAUCAUUUCUCCUUGCCCUUAUGGGAAAAAGUGUUUGACUCUGUACUUUUCCCGAUAUUUGACUAUGUAAGACAUGCUAUAGACCCUUCUGGUGGAACCUUGCAUGAACAAGGAAUUGAAAACAAUUCAAGCGAGCUAGAUCAAGAUGCAUGGCUUUAUGAAACAUGCACUCUGGCUCUCCAGCUAGUUGUUGAUCUCUUUGUAAAAUUUUAUGAUACUGUUAAUCCACUGCUGAGAAAAGUUUUGAUAUUGCUGACAAGUUUUAUAAAACGACCCCAUCAAAGCCUUGCUGGGAUUGGUAUUGCUGCUUUUGUCCGCUUGAUGAGUAACGCAGGAUCUCUCUUUUUGGAGGACAAGUGGUUUGAGGUGGUUACAUCAUUGGAUGAAGCUGCUGCAGCAACACUUCCAGAUUUUUCACUUAUAGUAUCAUCCGAUGCUCAUCUUGAGCAAUUGGCUAGAGAUAAAGGAAAUUCUUCUGUUGAGCCAGGUAAUGAAGAACCUGAAGGCUCAGAAGAUGAUUUGGAGAGUUCGAGAGCCCGAACCCUGUAUUAUGCAAUUAAUGAUGCUAAAUGUCGUGCUGCUGUUCAACUUCUGUUGCUUCAGGCUGUUAUGGAGAUUUAUAACAUGUUUAGAGCUUGUUUGUCAGCAAAGAACACUAUUAUACUCUUCCGAGCUCUUCACGCUGUCGCAUCACACGCUCACAAGAUUAACAGUGAUAGUUUGCUUAGGUCUAAGCUAUUGGAGCUAGGUCCAAUGACUCAGAUGUUGGACCCACCCUUACUUCGUCUUGAGAAUGAAUCCUAUCAAUUAUGCCUCACUCUGCUACAAAAUGUCAUCUUAGAUAGACCUGCUGAGGAUGGGGAUAAAGAAGUGGAUGCAUGCCUUGUUGAUCUCUGUACCGAGAUCCUUGAAGUGUAUCUUGACACGGCAAAAUCCGGGCUGCUGGUUCGCUCUUCAACUGGUGCUGAACAACAACCUUAUUGGCUUAUACCUAUUGGUUCUGGGAAAAGGAAAGAGCUAGCAUCAAGAGCACCUGUUGUUGUAGCAACUCUCCAUGCUAUAUGUGAAAUGGGGAAUCUCUCUUUUGAGAAGAAUUUGGCUCAUUUCUUUCCCCUCCUUGUGGGUCUUAUAAGCUGUGAACAUGGAUCCAGUGAGGUGCAGGUGGCCCUUAGUGACUUUCUUGGGGCAUGGGUUGGUCCUGUUCUGCUUCGUUCUUGUUGAAGCUGACAGAAGCUAAUCAUUAUACUGUGAGUUUCCAGGACGUGCCCUCUGGGACUCUUAUGCCCCACCCCAUCCCUUGCUACUUAUCCAGAUGUUAAUAGGGGCUGCUGUUUAUAAGCAUGAAAUGGGGGUGGAGUUUUGCGUCUCCUGCAAAUUUAGACGUUGCAAUUGUCCUAGGAACGAAGCAUGAGAAACAAGCAAAGUGUUGAAUUCUUGUGGCAUAUUAAGGAUAUGGGAGAAGUCUAUAAUAGUUUUAUAUAAUGAAUCAUGUGGGUUUUGUAAAGAGGAGUUGUUAUUUGUAGAAAAUGGUGAAAGUUGGUGGCGGUUCUUUAUGGUUUAGCCUAUUCUCGUUGUGUGCCAUAAUUUCGCAACACGAUAUGGAAAGGGAAAUAUGAAAAGUUCAGCCUGUUCCAUUGUAAGACAUAAAUGUGUUGAGAUUUUGCUGUUCUUUGUGUUUAUAAUGCAUCCUUGUAGAUUUUAUUUGCAUAAACUACCUGGUUAAGUGUUCAGGCAUGAUGAGUAGAUUCUAAGUUAUUCUCAAGUUAGCGCUGUGAUCUUUUUAUUUGUUUUUGGAUUCUCAGUGAGAUUUAAUCCUCCGGCA